UCAUGUCAGCCAGCUGUCAGUUGGUUGGUAAAUAAUUAGAGCGUGAGUUUAGUAGUUUUUCUAGAGGUUAUUAAAGCGUUUUGUUUUAUUAUUUGGAGAUUUAGUAUUAGUAAUAAGUAUUUUAAUUAACGGGACGUUUUUACAUUUUACAAAGCAAAAUGGGUAAGCAGCGCAAGACAAGAAAAAUAGUAGAAAAAAGAUUUGCCAAAAUGAAAAAGCUUAUUAGUCCGAGCGAUCCACGGAUUAAAGCAAAAGAUCGUGCCGAACCUAAAAAAAAGAAACCAAUCGAUCCUCAUGAAAUGAAAAUCCGCGAAGUGCCUCAAUCAAGCUCUGCUUUGUUUUUUCAAUAUAAUACACAAUUAGGUCCACCUUACCAUAUACUUAUUGAUACUAAUUUUAUAAACUUCUCCAUUAAAAACAAAUUAGACAUUAUACAGAAUAUGAUGGACUGUCUGUAUGCUAAAUGUAUUCCGUAUAUCACUGACUGUGUCUUAGGUGAGUUGGAAAAAUUAGGUAGGAAGUACAGAGUUGCACUGAGGAUUAUAAAAGACCCACGAUUUGAGAGGAUAGCCUGCCUUCACAAAGGGACAUAUGCGGAUGACUGCAUUGUGCAAAGAGUCACACAACACAAAUGUUACAUAGUCGCUACUAAUGAUAAAGAUUUAAAAAGAAGAAUCAGGAAAAUCCCUGGAGUACCAAUUAUGUAUGUUGCAGAACAUAAGUUUACUAUAGAAAGAAUGCCAGAUGCUUAUGGAGCUCCCAAGGGGGCCAUUUAGUUUUAAGUUUUCUUUUUAAUAAAAUUAUACCUAAGA